GCAGUCAAUGAUAAGGUUCGGUUCGAGGCCCAGAAGGGUGCAGUGGAGGUCGAGGCGGCAGAAAAGGAUCAGAUUCCCGCCGAGGCCGCCCAGGCCGCCGCGCAGGCCGCGCAGCAGCGGGCGGAGGGCGAGGCGCGGGACGCGCGGCAGGCGCAGGCCGCGGCAGAGGCGGCGGCGGCAGAAGCGGCGGCGCGGGAGGAGGCCGCCGAGGCCGCGCCUGCGCAGGCGGCGGCGCAUGCGGAGGAGGAGCGGGAGCAGCUGCAGGGGCAGGCCGAGGAGGAGCGGGAGCGGCUUGAGGGCGAGCUGGAGGAGGCUAGGCAGUACGGCAAGCAGGUGGAGGAGCGGCUGCAGGGAGAGGUGGAGGCGGCGCGGGCUGCCGAGGCGCAGGCUGCGGCCGGCCGGCGCGCCGCGGACCAGCGGGCGGCCGACCUGGAGGCUGCUGCUGCGGCUGCGGCGGCAGAGGCACAGGCGGAGGCGGAGGCUGUGGCCAGCGAUGUGGCGGCGCAGCUGGAGGUGGCACGGGCCGACCGCGAGCAGCUUCGGCAGCAGGUGGAGGCGCUGGGGCGGGAGCUGCAGGAGGCCGCCUUUGAUAAGGACCAGCUGGAGCGGGAGCUGGAGAAUGCCGCGGACGAGCGGCGGCAGCUGCAGGAGGAUGCCGACGCCGUGCAGGCGCGUGAGGCUGAGCUGGCGGCUGAGCUGGCGGCGGCACGGCAGGCGCGCGACACGGCAGAGGCCGAGCUGGCGGCCGCCAGGGAGCGGGCCGCCGAGGCGGAGCGAUUGGCGGCGGCGGCGGAGGCCGCCGCCGACGCGGGGCGCCGCGCCGAGGAGGAGCUGGCUGAGCUGCAGCAGCAGCUGGAGGCAGCCAGGCAGGGCGCAGCCAAGGGGGCAGAGGAGGCGGCAGCGGCAGCAGCCACGGCAGCGGCAGCGCGGGCUCAG